AUGGGCACAGUUCAACAAGGAAUGCCCCACAAAUGUUACCAUGGCAAGACUGGACAGGUCUAUAAUGUUACUCAACAUGCUGUAGGCAUUGUUGUAAACAAACAGGUUAAGGGCAAGAUUCUAGCCAAGAGAAUUAAAGUGUGUAUUGAGCAUAUUAAGCAUUCUAAGAGCAGAGAUAGCUUCCUGAAGAGGGUAAAAGUAAAUGACCAGAAAAAGAAGGAAGCCAAAGAAAAAGGCACCUGGGUUCAACUGAAACAUCAGCCUGCUCCACCCAGAGAAGCACACUUUGUGAGGACCAAUGGCAAGGAACCUUAG